GCAGCAUGGCAUCUUGGGAUACCUUUUUUCCCCCCCAUCAUGGCCGAAGAGUUGGUUGGUAACGUUAACGAGUAGCAUCAGAGGCUGUGUACGAUUGUUUGGUGCAUCACAUUUUAGGACAACGGCAGUCUGGCAUUAGAGUCACCGAAUAUACGCUAGUCUGUAGUGUGAAGUUGAGGAAGCAGGACAGUAACAUAGAGAGAGACGUUAUCUGGGACAUCGGCACAAUGGAGUGUGCAGUGGACAUACCAUCAGGUGAGGAUGAGGCACCUGAGAAAGAUGACUUGAAUGCCAAGGCAGCAAAUGAGCUGCCCCACAAGAAAAACAAAAAGCACAGAAAACACAAGAGCAAGAAGAAGAAGAGGAGAAGAAAGGGGGAAAAGGAGAGUAGUUCGGAAUCUGGUGCAGACUCUGACAUUGAACCACCACCUCCACCAAGACCUGUCAGGACCACCAGAGCCAGUGCCAGACUAGCAGCAGCUGCAGGCGCAGUAGACCAUGCUGGGCUAAAGGAGGAGAGUAAAAGGGAUGUGAGUACAGACCAUGUGGAUCAUGGGGAUGUAGAUGCAAAAUCCAAAAAACACAAAAGACAUGCUGCCAAGAAGAAGAAAAAGAAGAAGAAGAAAGAUGAAAAACCAGAAAGAAAAUCUCCAUCUCACUCCCCAUCUGAGAGCAGCUCAGCCUCAGGUUCAGAGUCUGAAGGUCAAGGAGGGAAAGGGUCUGGUGAUGGGAAAUACUCUCCAGCCACUGCAUCUGUCCCUCAGGAACCAGUACACAAACUUGGUUCAAAAAGUAAACGAGGGGAAGACAAGGAGGUUCCCAUCAAUACACAAAAACCUGAAUUGCCUGGAGUCAAGAAAGAAGAGAUGUUAGAUAUGGAUGUGUCCCUGAAUGAUGUGAAAAGCAAUAAUACCAAUGGUUCAGAAAAGGACAUCGGGUUGCUUCCUGCAGGGAAUCCAGAUGAGAUAACACAGCCAUUAAGUGCAAGGGUUAAGACAGAAGGCAAUCAUGGAGAUGGUGCAUUCAGUCAUGCCCAGGAGCUGCCUGAUAUCAUCCCAAAACAGGAAGGCGCUACCUCAAGAGAUGACCAAGGCUUGAAAGAUCAAGUUAAUUUAGCUGAGAAGGCAAAGGUCAGGGAACAUGAUGCACCCAGAUCUCCUUCCCCUCCCAGAGAGUUUCACAUUAAGAGAUCUGGCUCAAGUCAUAGUCCGUCACCAACACCUACUCCCGGUACACAGCAGUCAGCUCAGACAGCAACAUCUGUUAACGAAUUCACAAAUUCCAUGUCAUCACAGAAGUCCGCACCUACACCUGUAUUGGGUCAAGAGCUUUCCUGUUCUCAGUCUCCUAAAUCUCCAGGAAAGUCAUUUUCUCCUCCCCCUAAGUCUUUUGAGAAAGUCAGCAGUCAGUCCCUUUCCACAUCUCCUCUUACCGCCAAGAAGAAAGCUCCAGUGUCUCCAAGAAAGUCCAGAUCUCCUAAACGGCGGAGCAAGUCUUUGUCUGUUUCCCCAAAAAGACAGCAUGGGUCUAUUUCUUCUAGGAGAAAGGUGUCACGAUCUCCUAAACGCAGUGGUCACAAGUCUCCCUCUCUGUCUCGGUCUCCAAAAAGAAGUCGAAGGUCAAAAUCACGUUCUCAUGGAGGCACAAAGCGCUCCAGGACCCGUUCCCCAAAACGAGGUGCAGCUGGCAGGCGCUCACGAUCACGUUCGGCCAAUAGAACUCGCCGCUCUCAUUCUAGGACCAGACGCCCCGCUCGCCGUUCUAGGUCACGAUCAGCAGCAAGACGUGCACGUGGAAGGCGCUCCAAAAGUCGAUCCCCGUCUCGACGGAGGAGGACUCCGCCCCCUAGAUCUCGUCGCUCACGUUCUCGGUCAAUCCGCAGGAGUAGGAGGACCCGAUCAAGGUCCCCAGUUGUACUUAAGCGCAGCCGACGGUCUAGAUCGAGAAGUACUCGCAAACGGACCAAGUCCAGGACCCCUCCCAUGCGGCGGAGGACUAAAUCCAGAUCCCCAGUCAGAAGGCGUUCUCGGUCCACUGCUAGGAGAAAUCGUUCUCCACCAAGGUCUAGAAAACACUCCAAAUCCCGUUCUUUGUCUCGUCGACGUCGUUCAAAAUCACACUCGCCUCUACCCAGCAAGAAGAGAUCUAAAUCUCCCAAGAAAAGUGGAAGAAGAUCAAAAUCUAAAUCUUUCUCUGAGGGAAUGAACAGAUCAAAGUCCAGGUCCAAAUCCGUGUCAAGUGAUGGACAUUCAGACGCAUCUUCCCCACUUGGAUCCCCAUCAUCGUCGCCUGUGAAAACAGACCAACCUAAGGUGGAAGAGACACCUCAAGACAGUGAAGUUAUAGCUACCACAGCUACCACAGGCUGUUGGAAACCUGUGUUCAUGGCCCCGGCAUCAAGCCCUCAAGUUGAAGCUUCUUCAGAGCAAUUGCAGGAAGAGCUUCCUCCCACUGACGAGGAGCAGGCGGAGCAGGCGGAGCAGGCGGAGCAAGCGGAGCAGGCGGAGCAAGCGGAGCAGGCGGAGCAGGCGGAGCAGGCGGAGCAGGCGGAGCAGGCGGAGCAAGCGGAGCAGGCGGAGCAGGCGGAGCAGGCGGAGCAGACCGUCUUACCUAAUGAACAAGAAGAGGUUUUCAGGUCGAGGUCUGCUUCCCAAGAGCCUAACCCAAAUGGGUCAGAAUGCUCAGAAGGUUCAGACAAAGAGAAGGAUUGUUCCUCACCAGUUAAAACAACUACAUGUCAGAGAAGCUCAGUUUCAGCAUCUCCAGAAGUGCAGAAGAAACAGCUGUCCAAGUCAAGGUCUCCAGAUCGCAAGAAACCUUCACGCUCACCGUCUCCUCACCGAUCAGCAUCCAAGUCUAAAUCCAGGAAGAAGCUGUCCAGGUCUAAAUCUCCUGCAAGGAAACGAGAAUCUGUCUCUCCAUCUGAAAGGAAAAAGCGGCGAUCAAAAUCUCGGAGUCCUGCCCGGCGGAGGCGGUCACGUUCACGUUCCACCACACGUCGCAAACGUUCAAGUUCCAAAGCACGAGGCAAAAUUCGCCGCUCGAAGUCUCGCUCUCCAGCCCGUAAGAGGCGAUCCCGGAGCCGCUCACCCAAUGCUCGAGGGAGGAGGAGGUCCAAAUCUGUGGAUAGGAGUAAAAGAUCCAAGAGUCGCUCAGCAGGCCGGAGGAAAAGAUCCAGGUCAGGAGAUAAAAGCAGACGAUCCAGAUCUCGUUCUUCCGAUCGAAGACGCAGGUCUAGGUCGAGGGGGCGAGGGAGGCGCCCAGUCUUUCGCAGUCGAUCCUUCGAUAGACGGGACAGGUGGAAGAGGGAACCCAGUCAUUCUCCGGUUCUUAUCCUGCGCAAGCAGCGUCGCUCAGGGUCCCGUGCUCGACGCAGCACCAGCAAGACUCCCCCACGGCUCACUGAACUGGAUAAAGACCAGUUGCUGGAAAUAGCAAAGGCUAAUGCUGCUGCCAUGUGUGCUAAAGCGGGGGUUCCUAUUCCUGAGAGUCUUCGCCCUAAAGCCAUCCUCCAGCUCCCUCUGCCUACUCCAUCUCCUGCUCCCCUUUCUUUACCCCUACCUUUACCUCUUCCCAUGGGUAUGGGGAUGCCCACUAUGUCUAACAUGGGUCCAAUGGGAUUACCCAAUAUUCCAGGAAUGCCCAGCAUGUCAAAUAUCACAAUGAGUGCUGCUAUGGCAAGCAUGACAGCAGCUACUAUGACAGCUGCCUUGACCAACAUGGGUGCCCUGGCAGCAAUGCCUCCCCUUGCCCCACUUCCCACUAUCACCAACAAGCCUCCCCCGUGCCUCGCUCCUCCAGCCCCAUCGCUUAACCUGGACCACAUUGAAGAAGCAAAAAGGAAGGUGACUCAGCAAGCAAACAUACACACCAUCAAGGAGCUCACUGAGAAGUGUAAGAUGAUUGCAAAUAGCAAAGAGGAGAUGGCCAUUGCGAAACCCCAUGUCUCAGAUGAUGAAAGUUAAAACGCCAAGCCCUCAUGGACUGAAGGAAAGUUUUGCAGGAGGUCCUCCUUGCCAGUUUCCUUUGGCAGCCAGAAAACCUGGUGGUUCGUGAGGCUCAGCCAAGAACAAGAGAGCACCCUAGUUGUCACAACAAUUAAAUUGGAUCACUGGCACCAGCCACUGCCCCACUCUCUCUGUUUUUAAUUGUGAGAGAGCCAGCAACUAGCAGACUGUCACCUGUGAUGCCACUGAAAUAACUGGACUCAGAUUUGUGCGCCAUUGAAUUACUGAACAGCGAGUACAAUAAGGGUGAGUUUGUGUAUAUAAUGACUUUGAACACCAACUUGUCAGCGCUGAUUGUUCAGCAGUCAUCGUUGUAAAGACUGAGAGAAAACAAACCAAACUAACUAGGGGCGCAGGUGUUUUUGUAAAAGAUUAGUUUCUCUAAGAUUGUUUUAAUUUUAUGUUUUCUUAAAGAUUGUGUUAAGUUCAGACUGUGUCCAUGUUCUGCUGUAUUCCCUCAGUUAAUUGUAGUCCCUGAUUUUAUAAACAAAUUAUAUAGACAAAGGUUAUGGUAGAUCCUUGCAUGUGAUGUUUUCACAGGCCUGGUUCUCCAGGACAAGAAAUGGUAGCUGUUGUAAAUCCUGAACCUGGUCACCACAUCUGAUUACUUUGAAGCAACAGAAUGAUACUGGCCACAAAAAGUGGUUUGUAUUUUAACAGAGGUUACUGUCUCCACUCACAUAACCUAGAUAAUUUGGUUAGUACAGCCCUGGGUGUGAGUUCUUUCUAUUUCAAAUGGCACCAAGAAAAUCUUUGACUCCGACUCAGCCUUUCAUUUGGGAUUUGUAGGGAGAUAUUUUUUUUUUUCUGAACUAGUAAACGCGUUUGCUGAAUUUUUAAAUUUAAUAUAGUUAUAACAGCAGUGUCAUAACAUGCAUCAACAUGUGUUUUGCAAAUGACUGUAAAGUAUCAUUUAAGAUGCAGGGAAAGCAUUAGUAAGUCCUUUGAAUAGUUAAUAACAUUUUAAAAGUACAAGACUUCACUUCAGUCCAAACAACCAGCACUGAAAGCUGUUGGUCAUCUUGAAUGUUUAAACAACGAUGGAGUAGUUAUGAUACUUAAGAGAAUGAAAGAACUCUGGAAUGGUAAUAACAGCUAUGAUUAAGUUAAUGGGACUUUAAACCCUCAUGUUUAUUUGAUAGGAAUCAAUAAUAUAACAAAUCAAAUAUAUUAUAGUUUGCCCUUAAGGAAUGACCAAUGCUAACUGGGUUAGACCUGUACUGUAAAGAGAGGCAAUUCUUUGUUUCACAUUUUUUCUUUCUUAGAUUCAUUAGUGAGAAUGUAGAACAACACGUAUUUCACAGGAAGUGACUUGUCUUCAUGGCUGAAUAUAGAAAGUAAAGUAUUCCCCACAGUGACAUGUUUUUGUGUGUUAGACAAUCAGAUACUUUUCUCAAUUUUUUUCCCAAAGUAAUUAUGGCCAGAUAAACUAAUGUAUGUUUGUACCCAGGUGCCAACUAAAAAAAGUGUUACUGGAACCAUAUUAUGUACUAAUGUGCACACAUGAAACCCUCUACAAGUCCUUAUGUGAUCUGCCAAUCCAGUCUAUAUCUUAUUUACCUUUAAGUACUCUGACCUGCAUUUGACUCCUUUUUUAAAUCAUUUUCCUGUUGGAUGACUGAAGAACAAAGACAAACUUUGUGUUUUUGACAAAACUGGCAGCGGCAAGAUCUUUUGUGGGGAGUUUUGCAUUUACAUUAAAUUUGUGUUCUUUGUACAGAGAAACGAUUAUGGUUCCAUCCUUCCAUGUCACUCACUCAUACCCAGGGCUGUUUAUUUGAUGGGGGUAAUCUGAAGGUUAUCUUAAACUGUAACUUUACUGUGUUGGAUUGAUUUUGAGGUAUCUUUAGCUAUUUUAAUGACGGAAAAAAGGAAAACAUACAUUUUAGGAUUCAUUUUUUGGUCAUUUGAAUAGGACAUUGCUUGCUUUGUACAUAAAUGUGUUGAUGAUUAUUAAAACCCUCAACAAUC